CGUCAUCCUUCCGGUACAAUGGUCUGUCUGUGGUGUAUUUCCUUUUCCUGCUCACCCUUCCCCUGCUGCCAAACCCCUCUCUCACCUCCAUGCAAGGAAAAACAGGGACGUUCCUGCUGCUCAUCUGUUCUACCAGCGUGACGUUUCUGGCUCUCCAGUGUUUCAUGCAGAUCACUUUUGCCUACGUACCUCAGUAUGAGAACGAAUAUUGGGAGAAUAUUCUCUACCAUCUGGGCAUUGUACGGUUCAGUUUGGUGGAUGCAGGGAACAUUGUGCGUCUCUUAGCCCCUGAUCUGGGGCUCUUCCUGUCAGGGCUCUUCAUACUGCGCCUGGUCAGGAAGCUGCUGCGCCCCAUGCCCCAACUUAACCAGAACUGUAUCGCACCCUCUGACCCUGAGGAUGUGGACAUGUCCGACUCAGAGUCUGAGGUUGGCAGUGAGGUCACAGGCGGCUCGUCCUAUGACAGUUCAGAUGAAAGCAUAGCGGUGCCGGCAGCCCUUCCUCAGUUUGUCCAGAAGUUCAUUGCAUUUGCCCUUGGACUGCGCCUCUUGCUGUCCGCCAUCAUGAACACAGCAGGGAAAGUAGUGGUCACCAUACUACUAGGGCUGGCAGGCAUCACUCUGCCCUCCCUGACCUCAGUGGUGUAUUUCGGGACGUUCCUGGGCCUGGUGUGGUGGUGGGUGUUACUCCGCUCCCUCAGCAUGCUGUUCUUCAGUACCCUCUGUGUGAUGAUGGCUAUAUUCAGCACCGGUCACCUGUUGAGCCUCUACCUGUACCAGCUGCCCCUGGCCCAACAGAUCGUACCCCCACAGGACAUCUAUGCCAGGCUGUUUGGUAUAACAGCGGUCAUCCAAACCAAUGAGACUGAGCCAUACAGUCUGGGUCUGCAGCCAGACGUCAGCUGGCCUGUCUUCACCAACCCCAUUGUGCUGCUGCUCCUCUAUUACACACUGGUGGCUCUGCUGCACAAGUGGGUCAACAUCACUGAGGAGGAGGAGGAUACUCUGGAGAAGUCUGAGAGUCCAGUAGAAACCCAUGAGGAUCCCCCCAGCUUCUCCAAGAUCUUAUUCAUCUCAGGAGACAGACUGGAGCUACUGACCAGUACGGAUGAUGAAGCGUACAUGCCAGAGGAGGUACAUGAGCCAAUGGUUUUACUGAUGAGCAGCUCAUGGCAUGAUCUGAGAGGACAGGAGGUGGGGUCACUGCUGGUAGGGCCAGCGGCAGGAUAUUCAAAUUGCUACCCUCCACCACAAUAUGAAGGAAUAGACUUGUCACUCUCACAAGAGUCAGAGGAGGUGAAAGAGAUGAGUGAGGAAGAGAAGGAGAGGAGUGAGGAAGAGAAGGAGAGGAGUGAGGUGUCUAUACAGGAUACAGAGACCAUUCCCACCCCUCCUGGCCCCAGUGGACUGGUUGUGUUCGGCCUGUUCAUCAUGAAGCACAGCUAUGUCAGCGCACUCAUCAUCAUGAUGGUGUGGAGCAUCACCUAUAACAGCUGGCUGACGUUCGCCCUGCUGGUGUGGUCGUGUCUGAUCUGGAUGAUGCGUGACCGUCGGCGCUAUGCCAUGAUGAGCGCUCCCUUCCUGGCGGUGUACGGCACCGUGCUGCUGCUGCUCGCCUUCCUGAGCGGCCUGAGGCUGCGGCAGGACGAGCUUUACCCUGGCCUACCUCACGCCGUGCUGGUAGACUUUGACAUGGUCACUUACCCAGUACCCUGUGUCCACCUGGGAGCCAAGAUGUUCUACGCCUUUAGCUUCUUGCUUCUGUUCCGUCAACAACUGAAGGAGAAACAGGAAGAGCAGGAUCUGAAGGAGUCAGAAGAGUCUCUGGAUGAAGUCAAAGUGCUACCAUCGGAUGAAGGUGACACCUCCUCCAUAAUGGAGAUGCUGGGUUCAGCGGUCAAAGGAACCCUGGUGAAGUACUGGAUCCUGUUCUGCUGCUCUACGUUCUUUGUGGUCAGCUUCUCUGGGAAGGUGAUGGUCUACAAGAUCCUCUACAUCGUGCUGUUCCUCUUCUGUGUUGUCCUCUAUCAGAUCUGUUAUGACAUGUGGAGGCGAGUGCUAAAGUACUUCUGGGCGGUGGUGGUGGGCUACUCCAUGGUCGUCCUGAUAGCCAUCUACAUGUACCAGUUUAAGACGGUGUCUGGCCUGUUCAGACAGAUCAUGGGCAUGUCUGAGGAAGGUCUGCGUGAUCUGGGGUUGGAGCAGUACGACACUGUGGAGCUGUUUGCUCGGAUCCUCCUCCCUGCAGCCUUCCUAUUGGCCUGUAUCCUGCAGCUGCACUAUUUCAACCAGGACUUCCUGGAUCUCACCGACCUGGACAACAUACCUGUCCGCCAGGGACAAACCAGAGAGGAAGAGCUGAGGAACUCAAUCAAUGUGAUAGCUGACAUGAUGGCGAAGGAGCACAGUAAGCAGAUGAGUGGGGAGUCAGGACGUGUGGGGAGUCAGCACACAUUGGACAGUGAUGGACUGUCUGCCUCAUCAGAGAAGAAACCAGAGGAGGAGCAGGAGGGAACAGGCCCCCCAGAGGAGCGUCUGACCCAGUGGGGGUUGAUAGUGGACCGGGCCGGCCUGCUGCUGCUCCAGGCUCUGGCUGUCUUCCAGCGGGCUCAAGAGAUAGGCUGGAGGCUGCUGGAGCUCCACAGCCUCAAGAUCGUCUCUACCGGCAUCAUCUGGGUGUCCCUGCAAGAGGUGUCUCUGAUGAACUUCCUGUUUCUGGUACUGUGGGCCUUUGCCCUGCCCUUCCCCCGGCUCCGCCCCAUCGCCUCCAGUGUGUCGUCAGUCUGGACCUGUGUCAUGGUGGUGUGUAAGAUGCUGUACCAGCUCAAGGUCAUCAAACCUCUGGAGUACUCCUCCAACUGUACCACUGUGAGUUCACUUACCACUAGAAUGCCCAACACUGAUCAAAUACUGACUAAUUCAUUAUUCUAGCUGCUGAGGAGGUCUGUGCUGUAUGUGAAGCCUGUUGACCCAGCCAUAUGGUGUGGAGAGCUGCGCAAGUGUGAAGACAGGAUACUGCCCUGUCUCAGGAACCACCUGAUGGUGCUGGGGCUGCUGAUGUUUGAGGUGACGGUCCAUAGACACCAGCUCUACUAUCGCCUCCGCAACGACCUCAAGGUUCCCACCUUCAGCAUCAUCUUCCAGGGCAUCACACGCCAGCACCUGGACCACGGCAUCCUGCCCUGCAUCAAAUACUUCAUCAACUACUUCUUCUACAAGUUUGGCCUGGAGGUGUGCUUUGUGGUGGCGGUGAAUGUGAUUGGCCAACGGAUGGACUUCUACGCGCUGCUGCACUCCUGUGCUCUGAUAGCUGUUCUGUCACGACGACGCAGGAAGGCCAUGGGGGAGGUGUGGCCUAAGUACUGCUGCUUCACUGCAGGACUCAUGGUGCUGCAGUACCUGCUCUGUAUCGGCAUCCCUCCCGCUCUCUGUGUCGAUUAUCCAUGGAGAACCUCCAGUCAGGCCUUGACCUCCAACCUCAUCAAGUGGCUUUAUCUGCCUGACUUUGCCAUGCGUCCUGCCCCUUCUUUCAUUUUCUAUGACCACCUCCUGCUCCUGUGCUCCUCGCUGCAGUGGAACAUGUUUGAGGAGGAGAACCGUGCCGCGGUGCGCCUUAUGGCGGGGGAGAACGUGGAGAUCAGCCGCAGCUUGGACCCGCGCUCCUUCAACCAGUACAUCCCUGUCAACAACUUCCUCCACUGCAGGUCCUACCUGGACAUGGUCAAGGUGUUUGUUUUCAGCUACUUCUUCUGGCUGGUGCUGUGCCUCAUCUUCAUCACAGGCACCACCCGCAUCAACAUCUUCUGCCUGGGCUACCUGCUAGCCUGCUUCUACUUCAUGUUGUUCGGGGGCAGCCUGCUCAUGCAGCCCGUACGAUACAUCCUCAGGCUCUGGGACUGGCUCAUCGGAUACACCUGCUUCGUCAUCGGCAUGAAGAACCUGCUAUCUCUUGGCUCAUGUGCUUAUCUGGACAGCCUGUUGAAGAAUGGCUGCUGGCUCAUUCAGGCCUUCAGCAUGGUCUGUACAAUCAAAGGCUAUGAUCUCCCUGCUCCUGAUGAUGAGUGUGAGCUGCCGGAGGGGGAGGCUGGCAUCGUGUGGGAUGCGAUCUGCUUCACCGUGCUCCUAGCUCAGAGGAGGGUUUUCCUCAGCUACUACUUCCUGUAUGUGGUGUCUGACCUCAGGGCCUCCAAGAUCCUGGCCUCCAGGGGUGCUGAGCUCUUUGAAGCCAAAGUGAAGAAACUGGUUGCUGCAAGACUGGAGAUGGAGAAGAAGUCUGUGGAGACGCUGAAGAAGCAGAUGGAGAAGAUCAAAUCCAAACAGAAGAGUAAGCCUGGCCAAGGAGACGCAGCAGCGCCCCCUACUGAUAUAGUGCCAAAGGGUGAAAUUGAGAAGUCAGAGAAUGAUCAGGAGAAAUGGUGGAAACCAUGGGUCUCACGGCCUGGUGUUGGGAACGACUGUGGCUACCAUCUAUUUGAGAGUGACAGUGAAGAGGAAGAGGAGGAAGUCCAGGAAAAGAAAGAGGAAGAGGCACCACCAAAGAAGAAAUCUGCUUUUCAGUUAGCCUAUGAGGCAUGGGUCACAAGCUCCAAAGCAGCCCUGAAUUUGCACGAAAAAGAGGAGAAGAGGAGGGCAAAGAAACAGCUGCAGAGACAGCAAGGCAUUGAGAGGGCGGAGUCUAGUGAGGAUGAGUUGGAGGUGGAAGAGGAAGAGGAAGCGGAGGAGAAAGAAAAUAUAUUUCAGAGGAUCAUCGACUCGCUCAAGUUUUUAUGGGUGUUUAUCCUGUCCCUUCUGGAUGACCUCACUGAGGGCCUGAACUCCUUCUGCAAAGAUGGUCUGGACAUCUCCAAAGUGCUACGCUUUGAAAGGGCUCUUCUAGGCCAGCAACAGAAGAAGGGGAAAGAGGUGUCACAGGAGAGCGUGAAGCGCUUCUAUGAGAAUUGGAUGUCCAGACAGAACACCCUGGCCUCCCUGGAAGACCAGGAAGACAUAGUUCCCCCCGUCUCCUCCCCUCCACCUGUACCAUCAUCACCACGAGGUUACUCCAAGCUGAAACACGGCCACUCCAAAAUCUCCUGGGGUAGCAGCUUGUCCAGCUGCAUGACGGAUGAGACCCUGCUGGGGUCUCGUCAGCCCACUCUGGAUGAGCUGGAUGACCCUCCUAUACUCCAGCCCGCUGCCGACCAACUCAGACGGAAACUACUGAAGACUGCAAACCUGGACCUUGGCUCAUUUGACACCGAAGACCCUCCACCAAGCCAUGACGAUACUGUUCCCAAUAAGGAGGACAGUAAAGAAGGAGAGGAUGCAUAUGAAGAAGAGGAGGGGGAGUAUAAAGAGGAGGAGGAGUAUAGAAUGGAGGAGGAGGAAUGGAGGGAGGAAGAAGAGGAGGAGAGGGAAAAAGCUGUGAUGCUUUCAGGAUCCAUCUCCCUGGACUAUCUGGAGUGUGAUGAGAAUAGCGAAGAUUUCCCAGACUCCCCCAGGCCUCUGAGUGAGACCAGGAACCUCACGGCCAGCGAGCUACUGCUCAACAACAUGUUUGGUAACGAUGAAAUCGAAGCGUCUGAUCAGUUCUUCCAGUCUCUUCCAAGACACCUGAGACUGGUGUUUGCCUUGUACAACACCAUGGUGUCUAAGUCAGAGAUGCUGUGCUACUUUGUGAUCAUCCUGAACCACAUGGUGUCAGCCUCGCUGCUCAGUCUGAUCCUGCCCAUCCUUAUCUUCCUCUGGGCCAUGCUGUCUGUGCCACGCCCAACCAAGCGCUUCUGGAUGACUGCCAUCAUCUACACAGAGCUGAUUGUGGUGGUGAAGUAUUUUUUCCAGUUUGGCUUUUUCCCCUGGACCACCUCGGCCUACCGAGGCAUCAACGCAGACCGGCCCUUUGCUCUGCCCAACAUCAUUGGGGUGGAGAAGAAAGAUGGCUAUGUUGUCUUUGACUUGAUACAACUCCUGGCUCUGUUCUUCCAUCGCUCUAUUCUAAAGUGCCACGGUCUUUGGGAUAACAAAGAGGUUGAGAUGCCGGACUUCUUCAAGAAGUUAAAGAAGAAGACGGAGAAGAAGAAGAUGAGUGGAGGAGACAAAGCAGGGGAUCAGCCGAAGCGAAGACUGCCCUUCCUUCCUCUACAGGCCUCAACUGCAUCCUUGUUUCGCAGACGGGGAAAAGCCAACUCCACUGAGACAAACGAUGAUAUGCAGCACAAAAAGCGCCACUCAAAGAAGAAGAGGCACCACAAUAAAGUGCCCCUGACCAGGAAGGAGAGGAUCAAGAAGCUGAUCCGAGAAAGGAUGCUGGAGACUAAAGCUGCUAUCAUAGAAGUUGCCCUGCACAUAUACCUACCUAUCAGGCAGUUCUUCUAUGACAUCAUUCACCCAGAGUACAGCCCAGUGUGUGAUGUCUACGCUCUCAUGUUUCUGAUUGACGUAAUCAACUUCAUUGUCAUCAUAUUUGGAUACUGGGCUUUUGGGAAACACAGUGCUGCUGCUGACAUCACAGAUGCUAUUGGGGAGGACCAGGUCCCAUCGGCCUUCCUGGUCAUGCUGCUCAUCCAGUUUGGGACCAUGAUAGUGGACCGUGCUCUCUACCUCCGCAAAACCCUCAUGGGAAAAUGUGUCUUCCAAGUGGUGCUGGUGUUUGGUAUCCACUUCUGGAUGUUUUUCAUACUCCCCGGGGUGACUGAGAGGAGGUUCAACAUGAACCAGGUGGCACAGUUGUGGUACUUUGUGAAGUGCAUCUACUUUGGCCUCUCUGCCUACCAGAUCAAGUGUGGCUACCCAAAUCGUGUGCUGGGAAACUUCCUGACCAAGAACUAUAACUACCUCAACCUAUUCCUCUUUCAAGGGUUCCGCCUGGUUCCGUUCCUCAUAGAGCUGCGUGCCGUGAUGGACUGGGUCUGGACUGACACCACCCUCAGCCUGGGCAGCUGGAUCUGUGUCGAGGACAUUUAUGCCAACAUCUUCAUACUCAAGUGCUGGAGGGAGUCGGAGAAGAAAUACCCACACACCCCAGGGCAGAAGAAGAAAAUGGUGGUGAAGUAUGGAAUGGGCGGCUUCAUCAUAUUCUUCCUCAUCAGCGUCAUCUGGUUCCCCCUCCUCUUCAUGUCAUUGGUCAAGUCAGUGGCUGGGGUGACCAAUCAGCCUCUUGAUGUCUCCAUUCAGCUCAGCAUAGCAGGAUAUGAGCCACUGUUCACAAUGAGUGCCCAGGAGCAGAACCUGGUGCCAUACUCACAGGCCGGCCUCAACCGGCUCACCAACCUCUAUGCCACUCACCCGUCAGCCAUGCAGUUCCUUGUGAACUACAUGGCCGAGGACAUUGUCAUUGCAAAGAUCAAGAGUGAUGCCAGUCUGCUGUGGAGCAUCAGCCCUGCCAGCCGUGAUGCUAUGAUCCAUGAACUCAGCAACUCCACCCACAUCUACAUCACCCUGCGAUGGGUACUACUCAGGAAUGCGUCUCUGUCGAUGAACGUGGAGACCGUGGGGGAACACACUGUCAAGUAUGAGGACCGGGCCUUGAGGGACCAGAUAGUUCAGAUGCUCAAAGGGACACACAAUGACUCUGUGGUCAUUGAGUCUCUCCUGCCCAAGUUCAUCAGAGGUCCCGGAGGACUGGAGUCCAAGAUGGCCACCCGUCUGGAUGUAGAACACUCAGAUAGGCCUGAGGACCUCCAGAUGUUGGCCUUCUACCGGCCCCUGUCCAUCAAACUACAGCGGGCAGAAGACAAUGGAAGUGCAGAGGGGGGUCAGUGGUGGAUGGUGGAGGAAUGCACUCCUGGACAGGGGCACGUCCAGAGCAGCUGCCACAGCAUUGAGAUAGUAGUGUUCAACGACAAAGUCAGCCCCUCCAGCCUGGGUGCUCUAGCAGGACAGGGAAUUGUGGGCCUGUACAUGUCUGUGGUGCUGGUCGUUGGAAAGUUUGUCAGGGAAUUCUUCAACGGUAUAUCCCGCUCCAUCAUGUUUGAGGAGCUGCCAUGUGUGGACCGGGUGUUGAAGCUCUGCACGGACAUCUUUGUGGUGCGAGAGACUGGUGAGAUGGAGCUGGAGGAAACACUGUUUGAGAAGCUAAUUUUCCUGUAUCGCUCGCCGGAGACCAUGAUCAAGAUGACCAGAGAGAAGAGACUAGAGAGCACAAUUACAUUUUAGUUACGAAAAUGACCAUUUGUUUUGUUUGUAUUCCUACUGCAUGCAUUUUGAAUCACUGACUACUUUUAAUGAUUCAAAUUUUUACAAAGGAAGACCGUAGGCCAUAAUCAUAGAAAUGUGUUCCUAAUGUGAAACUAUUUAAUUGAAGUCGAGAUGCAACAUUAUGCAGUUUUAGAUACAAAUGUCUUGUAUAGAGCUUACAGAUGCACGUCUGCUCUACAGAAUGUAUUUAUCUCAACAUUCUGUAACUUUACACACCCCACUGAACACCACCCUGUUGCAUUUCACUGAAAAGCUCAUCUAGAAGUAUUCACUCUCAUUUCACACUGUACUCCAUGUCCAGUAUUUAAUUCAAUUAAUAAAAUAAAAUAACAUUC